AUGAAGAUUCAGUGUAACGCGUGUGAGGUAGCAGAGGCAAAGGUAUUUUGUUGUGCUGAUGAAGCAGCACUUUGUUGGUAUUGUGAUGAUAAAGUUCAUGCUGCAAAUAAGCUUGCCAAUAAGCAUCAGAGAGUUCCUCUUUCUGCUUCAUCUUCACCCAUGCCCAAGUGUGACAUAUGCCAAGAAACUGCUGGCUUUUUCUUUUGCCUUGAGGAUCGGGCUUUGCUCUGCAGAAAAUGCGACAUUUCUAUUCACACCGUCAACGCUUAUGUCUCAGCUCACCAGAGGUUCUUGCUGACCGGAGUCAAAGUGGGACUUGAACUUAUCGGUCCUUCUGCAUCAGCAUCCUCAGGAAAGUCGUCUGCUAUCCAGAAGGUUGUGGAGCAAGAAUCUCCUCCAAUUCCAAAGAGUGUUGCUCCUGUAACAUCAGUUGCUCCAUCUGAAGGCGUAUUACCUGUACAUACUAGUGGGGAUGGGGAUUUUGCACCUAGUACACUUCCAAUGGUUGGAGGUUCUGCAGCUGGAAUCAUUCCACAGUGGCAAUUUGAUGAAUAUCUUGGAAUGGGUGAUUUCAAUCAGAAUUAUGGAUACAUGGAUUAUGGACCAUCUAAGGCUGAAAAUGGAAAGCUUGGAGAAUCAGAUAGCUCUCCAUUCUUAGAUGCUGACGCAGAAGUUGCAGGUGACGACUGCUUUAGUACUGAGGUGCCAGAUACAUGUUGGGCAGUCCCACAAAUUCCUCCGCCACCAACAGCUUCUGGACUACACAGGACGACGAAAACUAUCCAGAAUCCAUUUGAUGCUGCCUUGUUGGAUUCUGAUGCUACUCACUUCCCUGGUUUCAAAAGGAGUAGGCAUGUCUAG